CCGAGCCAGGCUCGAGAGUGAGGAAAAAUUCCGACCCGAGCUGAUCGAAGCCUUCCAGCAGAGCCCCCGGAGGGAGUGCAGGAAAGAGGACGACGAGGCCGCGGUGGCUUCUCGCUGUUCUGCCUGGAGAAGUCUGAACUGGGUGGGAGAUCAGAAUAUUCGGAACCCGGAGCAGGUAGUGAUCAUGGAGACCGACUUGUCCGACAAGCCUGAGAAAAGAGCUCUGUGUUCCCAGGACUCGCCCUUUUCCCCAGACCAGAGCACAGAAGAGGGAGAAGUGGCAGCUCUGCGCCUCACAGCUAGAUCCCAGGCAUCAGUGACGUUCAAGGACGUGGCCAUGGACUUCACCCCAGAGGAGUGGGGGAAGCUGGAUCCCGCACAAAGGGAGGUGAUGCUGGAGAACUAUAAGAACCUGGUCUCGCUUUGGCUUCCGGUUUCUAAACCUGAGAACUACAGUUUGGAGAAUGGAAAAGAACCAUUGGUGCUUGAGAGAAAAGCCCCUAAAAGCAACUACGACCUGGAGACUAAACCUGAGGGCAAAGACUCAACUUCAGUGCAAGAUCUUUCCAAUGAAUCAUGCCAGACUGCAAUAAUAGAUAGACUGACAAGGGAUAGUGUCUAUGACUCCAGCUUGGAAACAGCUCUUGAAUGUGAAAACUGGCUAGAGAAUCAGCAAGGAAAUCAGGAGAGACACUUGAGAGAAAUGCUCAGCCAUGUGAAUUCACUCCCCGAAGAAAGAGCUCGUGAGCAUGAUGUUUACUGGAAAAACCUGAGUCCGAAGUCUGUUCUUCUCACUCAAGACAGAGCUCCCAGAGGAUCCUAUGCCUUCCAUACCCUUGAAAAAAGGUUGAAACAGAAAUCAAACUUAAUGAAAAAGCAAAGAACCUGUAAAGAGAAGAAACCUCAUAAAUGCAACGAUUGCGGUGAACUCUUCACUUACCAUUCAGUGCUUAUCCGACACCAGAGGGUCCAUACUGGAGAGAAGCCCUAUAGCUGCAGUGAAUGUGGGAAAUCUUUUAGCCACAGAGCUAAUUUGACUAAACAUCAGAGAACUCAUACUAGAAUUCUCUUUGAAUGCAGCGAAUGCAAGAAGGCCUUCACAGAAAGUGCAUCCCUUGCAAUACAUCAGCGAAUUCACAUUGGAGAGAGACCGUAUGAAUGCAGUGAAUGUGGAAAAGGGUUUAAUCGAAGUACACAUCUUGUGCAGCAUCAGUUGAUUCAUACUGGGGUGAAGCCUUAUGAGUGUAAUGAAUGCGAUAAAGCUUUCAUUCAUUCAUCAGCUCUCAUUAAACAUCAACGGACUCAUACUGGAGAGAAACCCUAUAAAUGUCAGGAAUGCGGGAAAGCCUUCAGCCACUGCUCAUCCCUUACUAAACAUCAGAGAGUUCAUACUGGAGAAAAGCCAUAUGAAUGUAGCGAAUGUGGGAAAACCUUUAGUCAGAGCACACAUCUUGUUCAGCAUCAGAGAAUUCAUACUGGAGAGAAACCCUACGAGUGUAACGAAUGUGGGAAAACCUUCAGCCGGAGCUCAAAUUUUGCUAAACAUCAGAGAAUUCAUAUUGGAAAGAAACCAUACAAAUGUAAUGAAUGUGGAAAAGCCUUUAUCCAUUCAUCAGCUCUAAUUCAACACCAGAGAACUCAUACUGGAGAGAAGCCCUACAGAUGCGAUGAAUGUGGGAAAAGCUUUAAGUGCAGCUCAUCCCUCAUCAGACAUCAAAGAAUUCAUACUGAAGAGCAACUCUGAAAAAUUCCUAAAUGUGAAGAAAUGGUCCCAGUCAAGGAGGAGAACUGAAGCAACUCUGAGACACAAGGACACACCUUCCUGUCAAAUAUGGAAAAUAGUUCACAGGACAGUGACUCAAAGGAGGAUAACAGCUUCCCUCCAUGAAGAAGAGGUUGCCAUUUCUCUGGCUUUCAUGUCUACCCACAUUUUGUUGUUGUUAUUGUUCUCCCUAUAUGUUUGUUCGGCUAUGUCCAAGAGCCCUAAAGAAGGUAGAAGAGGCAUGAAACCACGUGAUAAGUUACACGGGUGAUCAAAAACAAGUGGUGGGAUUGGAAAUGCAGAAGCAAAAGUUCAAAUAAAAAUUUAGCAGAACACUA